UUCGUAGCGUGUAGUGAAUGUGUACUGGGGAAGACUGAACCAGACCCGGCUGUACUGGUGAAACGCACAGUUAGGAAGUAGAUCGUUUCUUAAAGUUAGAAGAAAUGUCUGAGGCCAGUUCAGCUGCAGAUUCGGGGCUUGGCGAGGUUCCCGAGGGCGCAGGAGUUCGUAAAUUAUCUGAGCUGAGAGUGAUCGAUCUGAAGGCCGAGCUGAAGAAGAGAAACCUGGACAUCAGCGGUAACAAGAGCCAGCUGUCCGAGCGACUCAAAAAGGCCAUUGAGGAGGAAGGAGGAAAUCCUGAUGAAAUAGUGGUACAGCUUGAGAUAACUCCUAAGAAAACACCUCGCAGAACUCCUAAAGGAAAGAAAGCAGAGACAGAUGAGUUGGAGGAAGGCACAGUCGAAGAUGAAUCUGUGGAUGGCCAGGAGGCUUAUGCACAGGCAGAAAACGUUCAUGACAUGGACAUGAUGGACAUGAACGUUUUGGACGAAGCUGACGUAGAUAACGUUGCUGGGUCCGAUGAAUAUGAUGAGGAUGAACUUCUAAAGGACAGUUACACAGAUUUCACGGCAGAGUCCAAGCUAGAAGAGGAAAGUGAAACUAAUGCUGAUGAAAACGGAAAACUGGAUAAACAGGAGACUUUACCCAAGGAAGACUCUGAAGACAUGAAAGAAAGUGAGAAAGUAGCCGGGUCUUGUAAAUCAGAGCCACUUAAGGAGGAGCCGGAAGAGGAAGACAAUGUGUCCGACCUCGCUAAAGCCGAGGACGCCGACAAUAUGAAGGUGGACAAUAAUGCCUCGAAGCAAAGCAAAGUCCAUCCGCCAUGUGGGGACCAACAAGGCGUAAAGGACAAUUUCUCCGAUGCCGAGAGCGCGUCAGCUCAGGCUAAUGUCACGGAAAUUGAAAACGCCGACUCGGGAUCCGCACCGAAGACCGGAGAGACAGAUGAAGACAAGAAGAGCGAUGAGAGCGCUUCUGAAGCGAAAGAGUCCUCUGUAGAGGGUGGUGAUCAGAAAAAGAGCAGUGAUGAGAAAUCUAGCAAAGCUGAAUCAAAAGAUGACAAAGGUUCUGUCACCAGCAGUGGAAGGAGUCUGUGGAUCAGCGGCCUUUCUUCAACCACUAAAGCGACUGAUCUGAAGACUCUGUUCAGCAAAUAUGGCAAGGUGGCCGGUGCUAAAGUGGUGACGAACGCUCGCAGUCCAGGAGCUCGAUGCUACGGCUUUGUUACGAUGUCUUCAGCAGACGAGGCCACCAAGUGUAUCGAGAACCUACAUCGCACAGAGCUGCAUGAGCGAACGAUCUUUGUAGAAAGAGCCAAAAACGAGCCGGCUGGAAAAAAGCCUGCUGACAAAAAAUCAUCUGACUUGAGCAAGGAUAAAAAAGCAAAAGGCUCUGAUGACAAAGAUGGAGAAGGAACUGAUGCAAUGGACAAAUCUAAAGCGGAGUCUGGCGACGAGAAAUCCAAGAGCAGAGAGCGGAGCACCGACAGUCAUGAGCGCAAGUCCUCCAGCAGAGACAGGAGUGACAUCGUGUCAUUUGAAGAAAUCAAGCGGCGGCAGGAGCGCGAGAGGCAGAGGCGUCGCGAACAAAACCUUCAGGAUGCUGAAAGGCGUCACCACUCAAGUGACCGCGACGGCCGCUUUGAGCGCGAGCGCAUCCGUCAGUUCCGCGAGCGCGAGGAGCACGACAGGCUGAACCGCAAGAGAGACUUGCUGGAGGUGGAAAAGCGACGGCUGGAAUCCGACCGCAUGGAGCGCGAAUGUCUGGAGCGUAUGCGCUUGCGGGUGGAGUACGAGCGCAGGCGCGAGCAGGAUCGCAUCGACCGCGAACGCGAGGAGCUGCGCAGGCAGCAGGAACAGCUCCGCUUCGAACAAGACCGGCGGCCACUUAAGAGGCCAUUCGACAUGGACUCCAGGAAGGACGAUUGGUCGGCUAAGAGGAUGUCCAUGGAUGAUCGCUUCGGACGACAGGACCGCUUUCAAGACAUUGACCACAGAGAUCGCAACCGCGUCCAGGACAUGUUCAUGGACAGGAGGGACGGUCCCAAAGGAGGCAUGUCCGGAGACAGAAACGGCCAGCAUUUCUCCGAUCGGGACAGGCAUAGCAGGGACUCUCGAGAUAACUUGGGUGGUGGUGGUGGUUUUGAUAAGCGUCCCAUGAAUGCACCUGGAAGAGACUUGGAGUCUGGCCGUAAGAUGGAUGGUGACCGACCCUGGCAAGGUUCAAACCGGGGCAUGCCAGGCCAGAGCAGCAUGGGCCGUGGAGGAAUGAACAGCCGUGGUGGAUUCAUGAAGUCAGGACCUUCUCGGCAAAUGUCCGGAAACCUAAACCGACCGAACCAGAUGAUGCAGGGUGGUGGUGGUGGCACCUUCAACCGUCGCUACUGACCCACAGUUCCUACUUCACUCAUUUUGUACUGAAUCAUCUUACAUCUUGUACAAAUCUUCUAAUGCUUUGUAAAAAAUGUUUUUGUUUUGUUUUUUAAAGAUUGUAAUGGUUUUGUCUUUACAAAAAGUGAAACGAAAAACCCUUUUCUUCUUUUGUUACAGAUCUUUAUGGUUUUAGUAUUUUUCGGUUGUCUAGUGAGUUUCACUACAUGCUCAGGAAUGUUAGAAUUUGAAAUGUGAUGUAAGAAGUCAAGCCAGCCUUUACUGAUGGUUUGUUUUAUUUAAAAUGUUGCAGAGGACCCCCACCCCCCUCUGAUCAUGUUCAAAUUAAGUGGUUUCUGUAAAGUUACUUAUUCACUUUUGUAAUAAAGCACAUGUGUUGGCCAGCAGAUGAUGCAGUAAUAGCAGUCUUAGUUCUUUCAUUUAAAUCCUGACUCUGAGACUGAGAAGCUGAGAAUUCAGUUGAAUCUGUGGAUUGUGCAUGCCCAACAUUUUACACACUGUAUGUUUGGUUGAGAUGAGUGAAUAAAAUUUUUAACAAACGCA